ACUGGUGAUAAUGCUGCUCGCAUUUCCGAUGAGCAGUUGUUUCCAAGGUACGAGCUUCGCGAUCGAUCGAAAUUGAUCAAAACAUCUUAUGAUCAUAUGGUAUACUGUGACUCUACGGAUGAUGAAGAAGAUGAUGAACUUACAGAUGAUGAGCUAUUAUUCGACGAAAAACUUCUACAAUUCUUGAAACUCAAAGAUCAAAAUAAUAUCACCGAUGAAGCUAUUAGACUUUUUAACAUAUUAGAAUUACAAUAUGGAAUCUGUCCUACAUUACGUCAGUUGAAAAAGUUAAGAGCAGUACUUAAUAAAAAUAUUCCUGUUAGGAAGUGUAAUAACGGAGCAUACCUAAAUGUGAACGAUGCCGUCAAAUUAUUAAUUCAUAGUGAUCGAUCGAUAAUAGAUAAUGCAUCAGAUGAAGUUAUUCAUAUUAAACAUAAUAUGGAUGGUACGACAAUAGGGGCAUCCACAAAUUUUUUGAUGUCAACAAUCAGUUGUGUUGAAUCUGGUAUUAAUAAACAAUCGGCUACAAACGUUAUACCGUUAGGACAAUUUAAGUUUAACAAAGAAAAUCGUAGUGAAAUUGAACGUGUAGUACCAGAUGAAUUUAUAGAUAUGAUGGAGAAGAAAUUAGUUUGUUUAAAGAAUUUGAAAUUUGAAUUAGACUUCCAGAUGUCUUUAGAUAUGAAAAUGAUGUGGCAAGUUAUGGGACUAUAUGGUAUAACAGGACAAAACAAACAUAAAUGUCCUCAUUGUACAGCCGCGAAUAUGGCCGAAUUUGGGAAAUAUUCGGCGUUUGACUCGGCGAAGGGUGCCCGAACAUUGGACCAGCAAUAUAAAGAAAUCGGAAAAUCUAAACCAGGUUUUGGAUACCAGCAUGCACCUUUUUUCCGCAAAAAACUACACUACAAACAACUUAUCACUGAUACGCUGCAUAUGAAAUUAAGAAUAUCGGACAUAUUGCUAGCUGAAAUAAUAUCGUUAAUAAGCAUAACGGACACAAUAGCCGAACGUGGCCAACAUUUGAAAAACGUAAUGACCUUUUUAGAACAACGAGCUAAAGAUACCAACACAAAUCAUAAAUUUACGUUAACGAAAAAAAAUGAAAUUGAAGUUGCUGAUGAACAAAUACUCGAGAUAUUUAAACAAAGGGGUCAUGUGGAUCAUUUAGUAACUAAAGCCACCGGAGGAGGACAUUCUAGGAGACAAAAAGCAAUUUUCGAAGCUGUGAUAUGA